CGUCUGUGGCCUUGCAUUGCCCAGCCUUGCCCACCAUUCAAAUAUUCAUCACUCAUGUCCCAACAUUUAGGACUUCUUCUAGUUUGUUGAUCAACUUUAUGUCUAACUACGACCGCCACGCUCUCCCCAAUAGCACCUCGACAUAUAUAUAAUCAUGAGCUAUUUGAACGCGCUCAACCCUGCUCAACUUGGUGCUGUUAAUCACCCACCCGAAAUUCCUCUCCAGAUUCUUGCGGGACCAGGAAGUGGGAAAACCAAGGUUCUAACAUCUCGAAUUGCUCAUUUGAUCCUCAAACACGAGAUACCACCAACUGCCAUAUGUGCUGUAACUUUCACCAAUAAGGCAGCUAAUGAAAUGAAGGAGCGAUUGACGAGUCUGAUCGGGAAAGAAAAGAUGGUGCAAGUCAAGAUGGGGACCUUCCAUGCAUUAUGUGCUCUCUUUAUCCGAAGAUAUGCAAGUGUGGUCGGUUUGGCAGAUAACUUUACUGUAUGCGAUGCGGAUGAGAGCAAGAAGAUAAUAAACGCCUUACUGAAGAAGUAUAAAGACGACCUUGAGUCCAAAGAUAUCACCCUCAAAGACGGCACCGUGCAAUCACUAAUAUCUAAGGCCAAAUCCAAAUCGCUAUCCGCAAAACGUUUUCGGGACGAGGUUGAACGCAGGCUGCGCGCCAAUGCUCAAUACAGCGGCUUCGCUGCCAUCACAGAUGAAAUCGAUCUGGUCGUGGCAGAAAUUUACGAGGAUUACGAUAGAACCUUGCGGCGCAAUAACAGCCUCGACUUUGACGAUCUACUCGUAUACGGACUAAAACUGUUCACCGAACAUAAAAAGGCAGUCAAGUGGUGUAAACAUAUUUUGGUUGACGAGUUUCAGGACACAAAUACUACACAGUAUGAAUUGAUGCGUGCAAUUGCUGUUGCCAACUGUGCGACUAUUGUUGGCGAUCCUGACCAAUCAAUAUACGGAUGGCGCUCUGCUGAAGUAGAAAAUCUAGCUAAGAUGCGGAAAGACUUCGCGGGAACGCAGCAGAUAUUCCUCGAGCAAAACUAUCGCUCUACGUCUUCGAUAUUGAAAGCAAGCGUGGCCAUUGUCGAACAGGACAAGUCUCGAAUUAAGAAGACCCUAUACGCGUCACAUCCCCUUGGAACCACACCCGUCUUGCAAAAAUUCGAAACAGAGCAAUUGGAGGCGGCAGCUAUCGCGUCAGAAAUCAAGCGGGUAAUCGCUUAUACAGGUGGCUUGUUGUCUUAUGGAGAUUUUGUAAUUCUAUUGCGAUUCAACGCUCUUUCACGGCUGAUCGAAAGUGCUCUCCAGAAAGAAAGCAUACCGAACAGAGUAUUGAAGGGUCACAAAUUCUUUGAGCGACUUGAGGUAAAAGAUCUGCUGGCGUAUCUUCAACUAAUGGAUAAUCCUCAAUUCAUCCCCGCUUUUACACGCAUUGUCAACGUUCCUGCUCGCGGCAUUGGAGACAAGACCUUACAGGAACUGCUCUCUCGCGCCGAAAAGGAGAAACUCUCACCUUUGUUAAUUGUAGAGAAAAUCGUUGAUGGUCGAACCCCUGACAUUAAACCACCCGUGAAACGAAAAUUAACUUCUUUCGUUUCUGUCAUGCGUAAAGUGCGAAGGAUGGCAGAAGAGGGAGCAUCUCCCGCCGUUCUCAUUCGGAGGCUGUACGAUGAUGUCAAUUACGAAGAUCAUCUGAAGAAAACCCAGUCCGACUGGGAGAGCAGAUGGGAAAACGUGCAAGAGUUGAUAACCUUCGCUAGUGAUGUGGACGCGGAUAUCAAGGCUAAGAACGGUCUUGACGAAGCCAAUACCGAUACGCCUCUUCGUCUGUUCCUACAAGCGUCGAUGCUUUCCUCCGAAGGGGACACCGAAAAUGGCGAGGGGGAGAAAAAGAAAGUCACCAUAUCAACAUGUCAUGCAGCGAAAGGCUUGGAAUGGCCGGUGGUCAUAAUACCUGCUGUGGAGCAAGGGACUUUCCCUUUUUACAGAUCUGAAGAUAUAGAAGAAGAACGGCGGCUGCUCUACGUAGCCUGUACAAGAGCACAAUCCCUUUUAUACGUUUCCCACGCAAGUACAAGGAAAGUUGGUGGUGAUGUAAAAUCGCGGGAGUUGUCAGCCUUCAUCUCGAGCACCGCUGAAGCAAAUGACUCAUUAUUCACUGAACAUUUGCCCACAAUCUCACCCACAGAACGAGGUGUGAUCGCGAAAGUGCUUGAUCGACCUGAUGUUGCCGAGGAGGAUGUUCGAAACUCGGUGGAUGAGUACAUGGCAAGAAUUUCACGAAGAAGCGAAUCCUCAUCGCGCUCUAAUGGGCCGCAAGAGGGAAUGCUACCAGCGAAUGUGAACUUUGUGUCGUCCAGCACACUGACCUUAAAUAAGUCCACGGUGCAUGACAGUUCUCUUCAUCGCGUUCAAUCGGUUGGUCCCGUGGAUGUACACUCCGGAAAUUCGAUUCAAACACCCCGACCGCCAGCCAAGAAGUCUAAAGUUGGCGGUUUUUCACGCCCCGUUACUGAAAGUCACUCUGACUGCACGCCCCAGUUGGGGCUACCACCAAACUUGGCGACUUCAAGCGCAAGUAGCACCGCAGAUGCGAGAUUCCGCCCUGCCAGACCUGCCAUGUCCAAUUCAAUCUCUAGUAACCAAAACCUCAUGCCGAUGACGUCGUCCCGACACGUUCUCACCAUUUCACCGAAGAGAAGCACUUUCACAAACUUUGCUGCAGAUCACCCACCACUUAGGACCACGUCGAACACAUCCCCUGUAACCAGGCAACGACAAACGGUCUCUCCCCAGGCCCAUGACAUCCCAUCCAUCUAUAUCUCCGUUGCAAAACCUCUCACUCAGCCUCAACCUGUGAAACCCGCUGUACAUAUGCCUUCACCAAAGCCAACAAGUUCAAGUGACUCAGACGAUUUGCCUUCAGGGCAGGUUAUCGGGGUCAAACGGAGACUGGGAAUGGGUCGCGUUACAGGGGGAUACAUGAACAAGAGAUUCAAGCCUCCUGGUUGUUGAUCGAGUAGCUCAUUUCGGACCUACCUGUCACUAUUGUUAUUGGUUUGCUGUAACUCAUUUGUGUUGUUUCCCGUUGCAUUGUCAAUGUGUUUUGAUCAGUUUUACAUGUGUUAGAAGGACGACGACCAUGUUUC